AUGGGGGCUGCGACGGGCAAGGCUCUGGUGGGGGGCAGGAAGCCCGUGGGGCUGUGCAGCUGGCCAGAUGCCGGUGCCAAGUUUCCCACCUCUGCUUAUGGGGUGCAAAGUGCCGGGGGCGGGGGGCCAGCCGUUCACACCCACUUCGCCAAGCAGAGGAACCGACGGGGGAAGACAGCGGGGAAAGUGAACUGCAAGAAUAUGAAGCAGGACUGCCCCGUGCCUGCCUGUCCCCGGGCCACGUUGUUGCCCGGGCACUGCUGCCACACCUGCCCCAAAGCUUUGCCAGGGCCCCCGGAGAAGAGCCCCGCGCCCCCCUUCGACACCUUCGAGUACUUCCAGGACAAGGAGGAUGACCUGGACAAGCCCUACAACGAUCGCUCCUACCUCAGCUCCGAGGGGCUGGCCCGUGAUGAUGCCCGCACAGCCUGGGUCUGCGGUGCCCCCCCGGCCCCUGCCCAGCCCUGCCCUCACCCACAGCUCUGCGGGAUGUGGAGGACGGUGUCCAAGGCCAACAUCCAGCUGCUGCGCGGGGAGCAGCUCCGCGUGUCCCUCGUCACCCGGGCGCAGCCCUCCGGAGAGGUCCACGGGCAUAUCCUCAAGCACCGGGCGCUCUUUGCGGAGACGUUCGGGGCCAUCCUGACCUCGUCGGACCCCACGCACCUGGGCGCUGGGGGCAUGGCCAUGCUGACGCUGAGCGACACCGAGAACAACCUGCACUUCAUCCUUAUAUCCCGGGGGCUGCUGGAGCCUGGUGCCGGGGAAUCCCCCUGGGUCCCACUGCGGGUCCGCAUCCUGCACCAGGGCCAGACGCUGCGGGAGGUUCGCACCAACAUCACCCUGGAGGACCCCGACUUCGCGGAGGUGCUGAGCGACCUGUCUGCCCGCGAGCUGGCUCAGGGGGUGGUGAAGGACCUGGACGCCGACCUGCUGCAGCACCUGGCCCAGGGCACUGCUUUCCUGCAAGUCAGCACCAAAGCCCACCCCCAUGGGGAGAUGCGGGGACGGGUGCACAUCCCCAACCAGUGCCACGCAGGAGGGACCCGCCUGACCCCGGGGGAGGCCCCGGGGGAUGCAGAGCUCUCCGAGGGCACCAGGACCAGGGACCUGGAGCAGCUGAAGAAGGACCCCAACUCCUGCUUCUUUGAGGGGCAGCACAGGGCACACGGCACCCGCUGGGCACCCGACUAUGACAAGAAGUGCUCCAUCUGCAGCUGCCAGGAACAAGGUGGGGGGUCCCUCUCUGAGCCUCGGCACCCCCUCAUGGCAUUCCUCUUCCUUGCAGAGAAGAAGACGGGGCAGGAGGAGCAGAAGCUGGAGCGGGCACGGGACAGUAGCGAGGGCUGCUACUUCGAUGGGGACAAGACAUGGCGAGGCUCUGGCACCCGCUGGCACCCUGUCGUGCCCCCCUUUGGCCUCAUCAAAUGCGCCAUUUGCACCUGCAAGGGCACCACGGGCGAAGUGCACUGUGAGAAGGUGCAGUGCCCGCGGCUCCCCUGUGCCAACCCCGUGCGUGCCAGCCCCUCCGACUGCUGCAAGCAGUGCCCAGGUACCUGCACCCCCCUCCUGCCCAGGUAUUCCCUCUUCGGGCGCCGCUGGUACCUUAACAACGAGAGCUGGCACCCCUCUGUGCCCCCCUUUGGAGAAAUGAAGUGUAUCCUGUGCUGGUGUGUGUGCCAAGGUGUUCUACCACUCAUGGGCAUUCAAGGGUCCCCCUGUGUCCUCAAUGCCAAGACCUCAGGCACUCUGCUGCCCCAAAUCUGA